UCAUUUGUGUUCGAAAGAUCAGUCGAGUUUGAUGCAUUCUACCUCCGUACAUAAAUUUCUUUUAAAGCUUAUUCUUUUAAAACAUAGCGAAGAAAGAGUUAAUGAUAUUUUGGACAUAAUUUUAAAACAAAUUUAACUGGAUUUUCACUAAUUUUAAAAGUUGUUCAUGUCAGGUGACAGCUUUUAUCCAAUCAAAACCUCUGUUUUUUGUCUGGUCGUAUAAAUACCAUUCUUAACCGGGAUGGUCGUUUAUGUUGAUGACUGAUACGCUGUGGGUCCUGUUGAAUCAUGUGGAUUGAAUGGACAUGACGAGCCAUCCGACACUACAAAGGUUUCAGCAGAACACCCCAGUAACCAGUGCAGGAUACAUGAAGAUGUCCAUUUAAAUGUGUUGUGGACAUGUACUGGGGAAAUAAACACCCUGUAGGACAUACUUGUUCUUUUGUAAAAGCCUUAUGAUUUAAGGGAUAUAAAAUGAUGGCAGAUAUGACGAGGAUUGGUGGCGACUCCUCUCUAAGCCCAUUGAGACACAACUCUGCCAGUGAAUAUAACUUCACAAGUGAUUCUGAGAAGUCUGAUGUCAAAGUAGAGAAUGCUAAUGACUCUGAUUUUAAUGACCCAGCAUCACCCCUAUCUUCUACUCAAGAUCAUGUUUCAUCAACGGAGAAAAAAAAGGGUCGGAACACAAACCAGCUACAGUAUCUUUUAAAGAAUGUGAUGAAGAUGGUUUGGAAACAUCAGUAUUCAUGGCCGUUUCAAAAGCCGGUCGAUCCAUCUCUUUUAAACCUUCCUGAUUACUUCAAAAUAAUCAAACAUCCAAUGGAUCUAGGAUCUAUCAAGAAAAAACUAGAAACACAUAAGUAUUUCUCAGCUUCAGAAUGUAUUCAGGACUUCAAUCAGAUGUUUACCAAUUGCUACAUUUACAAUAAACCAGGAGAGGAUAUUGUGCUAAUGGCCCAGGUGCUGGAAAAACUUUUUCUUCAAAAGGUAGCUCAAAUGCCUGCUGAAGAACAGGAGGUGGCUGCCUCAAGCAAAAAGACUCCUAAAAACAAAUUUAGAACUUUAUCUUCAACACCCAAGAAUUCUAUAAUAAAACCAUUAGCUACUCCCACCCCUGUUAAUUCUCAACCUUCCGCCCAGUCAUCACAGCUUUCAACUACUUCCUUAGCACCAGCAUCUACAACUGUUGUUACAGUAGCACCACCUAGUCAGACAAUGCCUUCAGCGCCUGUUACAACAGCAGCAGAAACAACAGGGACUUACACUAAUCAUAGUAUAUCAGAGUCUGCUGUCAUUCCUCCUCAAGCACCAACUAAGACAAAAAGAGGUGUAAAAAGAAAAGCUGAUACAACCACACCCAUUGUUGCAACCAUGCCUAAGGAUCCAUCAAUUGAACCAACUACUGUAAAAGUAGAAAAGGCUCCAGCUAAAAUUCCUCCCACUCGAAGAGAAAGCAAUCGUCCGAUCAAAAAGCCAAAGAGAGAUUUACUAGAAGAAGAUUCUCCUGAUCCAGAAAAAACAGUGUCUAAAACAAAGAAAGGAAAACUGACUGAACAGCUCAAAUUUUGCAAUAAUAUGGUGAAAGAAUUGAUUGCUAAAAAACAUGCUGAGUAUGCUUGGCCAUUUUACAAACCAGUAGAUGCAGAAAUGCUUGGUCUUCAUGAUUAUUAUGAAAUAAUUAAGAAGCCAAUGGACCUUGGAAGUAUAAAAAAAAAAAUGGACGAUAGAGAAUAUAAGUCUCCUUCAGAGUUUGCUGAUGAUACACGGUUAAUAUUUACAAAUUGUUAUAGAUAUAAUCCUUCUGAUAGUGACGUUGUUAUGAUGGCUAAAAAACUGCAGGAUGUAUUUGAAAUGAAAUAUGCAAAAUUGCCAGAUGAGCCACAUACUGCCAAUGGUGACAAGGCAGAUAGUGGUAGUGAUACUUCUGAAAGUGAAUCGGAGUCUGACAAUGAAAGUGAGGAAGAAAGGGAACAAAAAAUUAAAAGUCUUCAGGAAGAACUGAAAAAAAUUCAAGAUGAUUUAGGUAAAUUGACAGAAGAACAUAUGCAAAAAUUAAAACAGAAAAAGGAAAAGAGUGAGAAAAAGAAGAAAAAAAAGAAAGAAAAAAUUGAGAAAGUUAAGGUGAAAGAGACACCUGCUUUGGUGGCAUCAAGUACAAAUGCUACUAUUGUGCCACCAUCUGUGAACGAUGUUAAAACACCGAAAGUGAAAACUACGAAAAAAUUGCCAUUAGAACCAAAAAGUACAAAAAAAAAGACUCCAGCAACUCGUACACCUAGUGCUAAGAAAAAUAAGAUAGUGUCUUCAGGGACUGGUGGACCUCCUCCACCUGUGGCAUUUGAUAGUGAUGAUGAAGACAAUGCUAAACCAAUGACUUAUGAUGAAAAACGACAGCUCAGUUUGGAUAUUAAUAAACUUCCAGGUGAUAAAUUAGGAAGAGUUGUGUUCAUAAUACAGUCUAGAGAACCGUCCUUGCGAGACUCUAAUCCAGAUGAAAUAGAAAUAGACUUUGAAACUCUCAAACCUUCCACGUUGCGAGAAUUAGAAGCAUAUGUGAUGUCUUGUCUGAAAAAGAAAGCAAGAAAGCCAUAUACCAAAAAAGCCUCUGGAAAGUCAAGAGAAGAAGCUCAGAAAGAGAAAAAGCUGGAGUUAGAACAAAAAUUAAUUGAGGUUCAUGAAAAGCUGGGAAGUAGUGCAAAGAAAGCCAAGAAAGAAGAAGGAGGUGUUGUGAAUGUUGACGGUGCCAGUAGAUUGUCAGAUGGUAGCAGUAGCUCAUCUGGUACAGAUUCCAGCAGUGACAGCAGUUCAUCAAGUUCUUCAGAAUCUAGUGAUUCUGAAUCAGGAUCUCCAAUGAAGAAGAAAAAAACACGUUCAAGACAUGGUAGUUCUGAAGGUGCUGGGAUGGUUAAUCCGGCCAAAGGGAAGGGCCAACAGGUUGGUAGUCGUCGAAGAAGCAGUAAUGCUUUGUCAUCUCCCCCAGUCAAAAUUACUAUCGGUGGAAACGACAUGGUCAUGUUCUCGCCCACAUCAAGAAGAAGAUCAUCACCUCAGAAAACUAUGAACUCUAUACCACCACCAUCAAUACAGCCAACGACAAAUUCCUUACCACCUGUCCCACCACCAUCUCAGCCAAUCACUAGUCACCAAACACCUGUUAUACAGCAAAAACCUGUUAUACAGCAAAGACCUCCAUCUCCAGUAAUCACAGCACCUGCACCACCUCCAGUUAAACCCGUAACUCACUCACUCCCCCAGCAGCCCAGUCGUCCUUCAGGGCUGGCUACAGCAAAGCCACAGACAAAAUUAAUUGUUCCAACAGUACCUACUGGCAACACUAUGAAUAUCUCUCCUCCCAGUUUAUCACCUCCACAAUUGUUAGUGGAGACGAGAGUUCCAGAUUUUCAUCCAUUGUCACCAACCAAGUCCCAUGAAGAUUCAGCUGAUAAUUUACUGGAUUUUUACCUUGGAGAAGAUAAUAAUAGCAGUAGUCCUAAACCUAGUCCACCUAAAACAGCACCUCCUGCUCCACCUGGUGCUACUAUAUCUGCUAGUGGAGUAGGAGUAAGAUUUGGAUCAAGUUCUAGUAAUCCUAAUUUAUCGACCAUGGCUCCUGGGUUAUCUACCCCUAGUGGUGGAGGAGGAGGAGGAGGAGGAGGAGGAGGAACAAACUCUGUACGAUCAAUACAGGCAGAUAAAACUCCUGUUCCUCAGGUUAAAAAGGAUACUUUUAAGGUAAAGAAUGCUGGUUCUUGGUCUAGCUUAGCAAACAUGUCAACUCCUUCAUCUCAGAAGAAGGGACCCAGUGCAAUGCAAAGCUUUGAACAGUUUAAAAAAGCAGCUAAACAGAAGGAAGAGAGGGACAAAAUGAUGAAGGAACAAGAAGAAAAGAGAAAAUUUAAUAAAGAAAUGGAGGAAAGAAAUAGACAGAGAUCAGAAAUGGAGAAAAUUAGAGAACGUGAAGAAGAGGAAGCAUUGGACGCUGCAAGAAAAUCAAGUAAUGAUGACGCUGCUCGCCAAAGAGAGGCUGACAGAAAAGCAAAAGAAAUAGAACGUAGAAAGGAACAGGAGAGAAGACGACGUGAAGCGAUGGCAAACAGAAUAGAUAUGAAUGCUCAGAGUGAUUUGAUGGCCUCAUUUGAAGAAAUGAUGUGAAUUAUUACGUGUAAUAUACAAGAUUCAUCACUGACAGGCAAGCCAGAACACAGGUCACACAAACAUUCCUCAAUGGCUAUGAUUUGUCCAUUCCAUAUAAUUAUUUAUGUCAGAAGUGUAAGGAUUUUAAAGUGCAUAACUAUAUAUAUCAACAUGGAAUGUUCAUCAGAGGUUCAAAGGCUUACUGAUUCAUGUUACUGGUCAAACUUGCUAUUACAUCAACAAACAGCAGUUUUUAUGAAGUAUGAAAUGUAAAGGAAUGAUGAGAUGUUAAUUAAAAGGAUAAGUGUCAGAUUGCGUUCUGUUCCUUUUAGAGGGGUGAUCCUGUAGUUUUAUUUAACAUCAAACUUUACAAAUUAAGUAAACAGUCUUGAUCUCUUCAUUUUAAAACCUAAAAUGUUAGUUAUGUGACAUAGAUAUUGAUCUUUAGUAAUUGGUGUGCUCUUUUUUUACACAACAUAUUCAAAGUGGUAGCUGAAAAACAAAAAAAACAAAAAAAUGUGCAAAUUCACAAACAAUUCAGGAUAAAGACCUGUUUUUGCAACAAUGAGCUUUUCUUGCAACUUUUUGUUCUUCAAUAAUUAAGCUCAAAUAUUAAAUUAAAUUCAAUUUAGAGUUCUUCUUUUGCAAGUUCUUUUUCUAGUAAUAAUCAAAUUCAGAAAGGAAAUUAUAAAGUAGAAUUUAUAUUCCGUUUUGAAAUGAAGGAAUGUGUCUUCAAGAAAAUAAAGAUAAUUAGAAGAAACCAGAAACAUUUAAAUAUUUUCCUAUAUACAAUUUAUAAGAAAUAAUAUUUGUCUCGUUAUAUUGACAAAUAUCUUCCUACUGUGCUAAAAAUUUGAAACUGUCAAUAUUUUCGUAAACAGCAACUCAAAAUAUUGAGAUAACUUUUUGAAGUGCUCUUUUAAAGAACUCUGAUCUCUGAAAAAAUGUUGUUUAUUCUUAAGUGUUUAGUUGUUAUGUUUAUAAAUAUAUAUCUCUGUUGUUCAAAGUAUAUGUAAAGAAUGUAAUUAUACUUCUGUUUUCAGUAGAAAUAUUUAAGAUGUAAAAGAAAUUGUAAUGACAUGCAUAUUAUAUGCACUUAGAAAGGUCGAAUAGGAGAGAUUUCUCUACUAAAGUAAUUUGAAGGUAUUAAUUAUGAACCAGAAAUUAAGAACAAGUAAAUACUUUUCAUAAGAUCAACAACAGAAAAUAGGACUUUCUAGGCUGUUAAAAGCAUUUGUAUUAUUAUUAUUUAGAAAAAUGGUUGUACUUAAAAAUUACGAUUCCAUUUAUCCAUUAUCUCUCGGAUUCAAAUUUUUUUUUUUUACUUUUUUUUUUUUACUUUUUUACUUUGUAUGAAACAUAAUGAAUAGUUUUUCAUAUAGAAUUCAUUCUGGUAUGCAAGAUGUUAUUUGGAAACAUUAGUGGAUAAAAUAAACCAUGCAGAUAGAGACAAUGCUUUACCUCUUACAAAUCGGUAAUGUUGGUGUGAAAUUGUACAUAGAUAAUUCCAUCAUUGGAAUAAGUAUAUGUUAUUAAAACACUAAUUUAUUACAAUAUUGAAUGUAGAUAGUUGUGCAUAAUAUUUUGUUGGGACGAGUGUUUUGUUGAUGGCAGGAAAAUUCUGUGCAUAUGCUAAUGUUGUGUCUUGAAAUGAAUUGCUAUAAGUUAAUGUGUGUAAAUAUGUAUAUUACAUUUAAUCUACAUGUAUGAAUUAAGUAUAAAUAAUGUUUGUCUUGAAUGUGUUUGUGAACUCAGAAAAAAGGCAUAAAAUAUAUCAAAAAACUGAAAACAGACAUUAUUUUAUUGGUGUUUUCUUGAAAGAGUAAUAACUUCUUGAGUUUGUAAUUAUUUUGCAUGUUGAGUUUGAAAUCAUAGAUGUUUUUUCCAGUAAUCAGUGUUUUAAUUUUAGUGUUGUGAGGAAUGACAAAUCUUGUACAGAUAUAUACAUGGUGCAAUUUUGCUGUUUAAAAAGCAAUUUGAAUGAGAAUUUUGGGCAAUUUUUCUGCCUGUUUUAACAGUACUGAAAUGGGAAAUGAUGUUAGCUAUAUAUUUCACCUAUAACUAUUUCUUCAUAUCUUGAAUAGUGCCAUAUCUUGAAUGAAGAUUAUUUGAAUUUUCAUAAGUUCUGAAUAGGGAAUUAGUACCUUAAAAAAUCAUUUAUUUAAAGAAAGAAAAAAAAAUUACUAAAGAAUUGUUAAAGCUGAUUUAUUUACUUUCUAAUACUGCACAUUGACUUGAUGGUGACUAAACUAAGCCAAAUCCAGGAAAAUGUAUGAACAACCUUUGGACUUUACAGUUUACUUAAUCAAUAAAGCUCACUGCCAUAAAACUAAAUGUACAAAUAGUGUAAAAAAAUCAACAAACAAUUAGUCUUGAUUCAGGAUAUUGCUUUUAGACAUAUUCCAUUGUAAAUAAAAUUGAUGCAACAGGGUGCUAAGAUUAGAGGUGGAUGAAUGAAUGCAUGUUCAUGGUUCAAAACAUUCAUUUAAACACAACACCAAAGCUGUAUAAAUUACAUGUUCAUUUUUAUAUUGUUUUGUUUAUUAUUGUCCUCAUUUAUUUUGUGUUUGUUAAGUACAGAUAUAGUAAUAAAGAUUUGUAACAGUUGUUUGAAAGUAGUUCAUUUGUCAGGUAUACUGUGUAUGCCAAUAUAAUAGAAAAACAAAGGAUGGUUGAUAAUACCAGUGGUUGAUUUUGACAGUGUAAUCAAUAAUUUUUUGUUAAUUAGUUUUCUCAAGUGUUCAGUUUGGUAAAGGAGCUAAUUUAUAAGUGGGAUUGGGUUGAGGAUGAACAACAUUAUUUUUCAACGGUAUACCCCAACCAUCCAUUAUUUUUAUUUGUAAUAGAAUUGUUUUUACAUCCACUCCUAUAAUCCACAGAAAAAAAUAUGUGAUGUCCAACCCUCCCAUACAGUUUUCCUAGAAAAGCCCUAAUAUAUGUAGAAAUCAAAUUUAUUUUGCCUGUGAGUAGUUCAUGUAAAACUAGUGAAAAUCAUUAACUAAAGAAAACUUCAAAUAAUACUAAGAAAAUAUUAUUAAGAAAGAAAAACUAAAUAUAGAAAAAAAAACAGGAUAAAGAAACAAAGAGUUAUUUUGUACUGAUUGGUUGUAUGUAUGGAGUAAUUGUAGUUGUAUUUAUUCAUGAACCAUUAAGUCUUAACUCAUAUUUUCAUUGUAAACAUCCUAUUGUAUUUACCAUUAUACAGCUAGCUGUAUCAUUAUAUACAUUAACAUUUUUGUGUGAAGAAAUCUGAAAUUUUUGCUUGCUGCAUUUCCUGUAUUAUGAGACAUGAGAUUCAUCAAUUACUACGAAAAAUGUUUUAAGAUAAUUGUAUGCAAUAAUGAACAAAAUCUCAUAUGAUAAUGAAUUUAAAUCAAAUUGAAAUGGUUAAAACUCCUUAGGGAAAUAAAAUAUCAUAUAAUUAUAUAACAAGUACUCUUAAAACGUACAAGUUUUUCAAUUUUUUUUUUUUUUAAUUGAGUUCAAUUGAAAUAUAAUCUUAUUCAAAUUUAAUUUUGACUAGAUAUUAUCAUUUGUAAAGAUACCAGUAUGAUCAUGUCUUCUAAGCUAGAAAAUACAGCAUAAAAUAUGUGUCAUAUCAUUCAUAAUUUCUCUUCCACAAAGCAUGAAGUUGAUAUUUUUGUUACGUAAUUAUGUACAGCCGAAUAAAGAUGGCAAUACUGAA